CCACGCCCUGGAUCAAAGUUGACCACGCACGAGCAGUGAGCACUCGUCUGCCCCCACCACCGACAAUGGGCCUCUACCUCCUAGAUUACGGCGCAGGAAAUGUCCAAAGCCUCGCAAACUCGCUCGGGAAACUGGGCUACGACUUUCAGUGGGUCGCAUCUGCCGAUGACUUCCACAAGGCCACCAGUCUGAUAUUCCCUGGGGUCGGUGCGUUCGGCCAAGCAAUCGAUGCCCUCGAAUCCAGCGGCUUUUUGCAGCCGCUGCGCGACUACAUCACGUCUGGCAAACCUUACUUUGGCAUUUGCAUUGGUAUGCAGGUUCUCUACCAGUCAUCUGCGGAGAAUCCAUCCAAGCGUGGACUCGGAAUCAUCCCCUGCCCCAUCGGUGAAUUUUCGUCCACCGACAAAUCCGUCCCGCACAUUGGCUGGAAUGCAGUCGAGCUCCUCGAUUCAGGGGAAAAGUCCGAUGAGGGCGUGUCCAAGGCGUCACAUUACUACUUCGUCCAUUCGUACCGUGCUGUGUAUGACCCUGUUGCCUACCCCGAAGCCGCGGAAUGGACACAUGGCGUCACGCAAUACGGUCAGGAGAUCUUUGUGGCAUCCGUACGCAAGGCCAACGUCUUCUGCACGCAGUUCCAUCCUGAGAAAUCGGGAGAGGCGGGCCUCGAGAUAAUUUCUGCCUGGCUCUCUGAACCAGAGGCCGCACGUGCGAUUGCACCGCCCACACCCCGUGUAGUCCGCUCCCCGCGGCUGAAAGACGGCCUAACCAAACGCGUCGUCGCGUGCAUGGACGUGCGUUCGAAUGACCAGGGCGAUCUCGUCGUGACAAAGGGCGAUCAGUAUGACGUGCGGGAGAAGGCCCCUGCUGCGCCCGGCGCAGUCCAGACAACUACCUCCGGUGAGGUUCGCAACCUUGGAAAACCUGUCGCGCUUGCGGCACGGUACUACACAGCAGGAGCCGACGAGCUUUGCCUGAUGAAUAUCACUUCCUUCAGGCACUCUCCCCUACGCGAUCAACCAAUGCUUGCCGUGGUCCGUGCAGCAGCGGAGGAGGUUUUUGUACCUUUGACGAUCGGCGGUGGCAUAAAGGACACCGUGGAUCCCGAUGGCACCAAGCGUUCCGCUCUGGAGGUCGCUGGAGCGUACUUCCGAGCCGGUGCGGACAAGGUUAGCAUCGCUUCAGACGCGGUGCACAUUGUCGAACGAAUGCGCCAGAAGGCACGGGGGACAGGCUUGGACGAGGACGCUGCCGUCGGCGACGGGACGAGCUCAAUAGAGACCAUCGCCCAGGCGUAUGGCCGUCAAGCUGUCGUCGUCUCAAUUGACCCACGCCGGGUUUACGUCGAUCUCGACUACGAUGGUCCGUACAAGUCGGAACUUGUCUUUGGCAGGUCAGACGAAGAGGAACAAGAGCGGGGGAAGGCGUGGUGGUACCAGUGUACUGUCAGCGGCGGUCGCGAAGCACGCCCCCUUUCGGUCGUGCAGCUUGCGCGCGGCGUUGAAAAGCUCGGUGCUGGCGAACUCGUCCUCAACAGCAUUGACCGGGAUGGCACUGGCAAGGGCUUCGACGUAGACUUAAUUCGGCUCAUACGCAAGAAUGUUCGGAUACCCAUCAUCGCAAGCAGCGGCGCAGGAUCAGCUGCUCACUUCGUGGAGGUCUUUGAGAGGACGGGUGUAGAGGCUGCUUUGGCUGCAGGUAUCUUCCAUCGUGGCGAGGUCCAGAUUCCAGACGUAAAGGAAGCUCUUUCAAAAGCAUCGUUCAACACACGGAUAUGACGAAUACAUAUUCUUCGCAGCAAUCGCAAAUGUACAGUACUACGUAGAGAACAGAGUCUUCGAAUACAACUGGUGUGCAACAAGUGGUGUAUAUUGUGCAAAUCUGGUGAAGCGCGAACUAGACUACAGAAACUGGAAAUGUUGAAUGAUACGAGGUGACUGGAGCCGAAACUGCUACUAGGACUUACAGUAAAAUUGAACGGGUGAGUAACUACGAACAUCGCAGGCAGCGGAUGGUCACAUAAAUCUGAAGAGGGAUCGAAGUGUAAAAUGACAGUGGCUGAUCUACAUUCGGCAGUAGGGGAAUCAUUGAGAGUUUGGAAUAGUAGCUGCAUGGUGAAUAGUCAGAAAGUAGAGACAAGAUCGGAGGAAAAACGAAUCUUGGAAAAAGAGAAGCAUGCCAGCGAGGUGUGGACAAGUUGAUUCACGCAAAGUACAUACACACCAGCUGUGGACUCUCGAUCGGUACAACACUAUCUCGUAUCCUACCCUAUUCAUAGUCUUCGUAAGCCGUCGUGAUUAUUUGUUGGCAACCCCGUUUCCCUUGACGACACCCUUCACCUUCUUCAAGAGGCUAGUUCUGCGACCGAGUCCGGCACCACCUCCGUACGCCUGAUCGAAGUACGAAUCCUGGCUGACUUCGUUGGGCGAUGUAGGAGGACGCGGCAACGACUUCUCCCUACGACCCGCUGCAGGCUCCUCGACGUACACGAACGCUUCCUCCGAGGGAGAGGGCAAAUCCUUGCUCACCCGGCCGCCGAGGCGUCCUAGGAAGGAAUUCUGGGACCUGUGAGUGGGACGCUGUGCAUGGGAGGAAGUGGAGUUCUCGGUGGAAGUUGGAGGGGAAGGGUCUCUGUCGGUGGGGGGCUCGUCCGAGAGAGGUGGCACCAUUGGGUUGUCCCGCAUCUUGCGAAUACGAUGCAUGAGGGACUUCGAUCGCUUGGGGGCACCUGGAGACGAUGGACCGGUAGGCGAUGACGGGACAGCUCCACCACUCACGUCAGCCUCACCCUCGGAGACGAAGAUAGGCUGAGGAGGAGGAAUCGGGCUACGCGUGGUCGGCUGGCGCUUCGGGGUUGAGUCCUUAGCGUGCCUGUCCCGCGCCUCGCGGUCCUUGUUGCGUCGUGCGGAUGUGGUGCCGUGGCGCGAAGUAGGGAAGGUGAAUUCACUAUUGCCUCCUCCAGCAUAUCCUCCGCCAGCGGAGAAGUCUUCGAAAGGUUCAGGUUCGUGGAUACCCCACGCUUCAGCGAUUGCAUCGUGUUUCUUCUUGGGCGGCUCGUAUGGAGUGUAGAUUCCAGGGGUCGGGUAGGGGGCCUGGUGUGAAGAAGGGAGCUCGCGGGCAUUCGCAAGAGCGUCUUGAUCUUCCUCCGUUGCACCCGUCCAUGCAAGCAUAGGCGCUUUAGUCCGGUGCUUGUUGCGAGAGGGUGCGCAGGCAUCGAAAGGACCAUCAUGGUGGAACACUAGAGGAAAU